UCAGAGGAAAGGAGGAAGACGAGGUGAAGUGGAAGCGAGCUGAAAAAAAUGGUGGCUCGAAGGUUCGUCGUCCACCACAACGGCACCGAAUUCCCCAUCGAUUACGACACCGAUGACGGCUUAGAAGUUCUCAAGUUUCAGAUAUUCUCAGUCACCUCGGUUCCUCCCGACGAGCAAAAGCUUACUACGAGGGAUAGGGAUGUUGUCGUCACAGAAGAAUCUGAUCUCGUGGAAAUAUCGGAGUGGCUCUGCUUGGUGUCAAUUGAUGAUGGAAUACAGGAUAAACCGGAAUCCAUUCAACAAUUGAGGCAGUCCGAUGAGGAAUUGGCCCGGAUGCUACAGGCAGAGGAGGAGGCUCUAUUCUUCCGACAUUUCCAGGCCAUUGAAGGCACAAAGGAGUUUGAGCAGAGGGUUCGCCCUUACGUAAAUAGGGUCCUGCUGUACGAGGAUCCUGUCCGCCAAGAAGCUGCUCGCAAAUCAGUUCCUCUUGCAGAGAUUCAGGAGAAAUCUUUGGUUUCGUUGGCCAAGGAGGGUAUCUUCAAACCAUCAAAGGAUGAGGAAGAUCACUCUUUCUUGCUUCAACUACUUUUAUGGUUUAAGCAAUCAUUCAGUUGGGUUAAUUCCCCCUCUUGUGAUAAUUGUGGUCGUGCAACAAGCAAUAUUGGUAUGGGUGCUCCACUUCCCUUUGAAACUAAAUUUGAGGCUUCUCGUGUUGAACUUUACAGGUGCAACUACUGUUCAUGUAUUACUCGUUUUCCACGAUACAAUGAUCCACUAAAGCUUCUGGAAACAAGAAGGGGUCGCUGUGGAGAGUGGGCUAAUUGCUUCACACUUUAUUGUCGUGCUUUUGGGUAUGAAGCUCGCCUGAUAUUGGAUUUCACAGAUCAUGUUUGGACAGAGUGUUUUUCACAAUUGCUAGGAAGGUGGAUGCACCUUGAUCCAUGUGAAGGAAUAUAUGAUAAGCCAUUGUUGUAUGAGAAAGGCUGGAAUAAAAAAUUAAACUAUGUAAUUGCUAUAGCAAAGGAUGGAGUACGUGAUGUUACAAAGAGAUACACACGGAAGUGGACUGAGGUCCUAUCUAGACGUAACAUUGCAACUGAAAGCUCUGCCUCUUCUGUUCUUUCUUCUCUAACAAAAGAAUUACGUUCUGGAUUUUCAUCUGAAUUACUAGAGGUUAGGGAUAUGAAGGAAUUAGAAGAACUAGAGAGUGGGCUGCAUAAUAUGGUUGAUUCUUCACUAUACUUACCUGGGAGGCAGAGUGGUGAUGUUGAAUGGCGAAUGGCAAGGCAUGAGCUGGGUUCAAAUGAACAAAACUCACUGAGCUUUUCUUUAUGUCCAGUUCGAAAAUGCAUAGAUACACAUGUAACUUCAAUCUAUAAUGCUUUUGCGCUUCUUUUGUCUUUCCAGCAUGAAAAUGCUAUUUCGAAAGAUGAAGCAAUUGAAGCCUUACAAAUGCUUAAAAGUUUAUUUUUGGACCUUAGAGCUGCUCCUUUCAAAGAGCGAAAAACAUUUUUGAGUUCAACGUUGAGGCUUUCCGAGGAAGUUAUGUUUUUCCUUGAAGAAUUGUUUACAGCUGUUUCAUUAAAAGAUCAGAUGGGGAGUGACGGAAGGCUAUGUGUUGCCUUAGCUAAUGAUCCGGUUCAAACGUCUUUAGCAUUACCGGUUGCAUUGGAUGUAGUUGAUGAAAUAAUUGAAAAUUUUGGCAUUGAAGUACAUUGUGGGAAAGUUGCAAGUCAAUUUCCCCGAUUUGAUAGAAUAUCAUCUGGUUUUGUUCUGGCAAGCGGCGAAGAACUCCCAUUUGGAAUCGGCACAUCGGCAUUUGAUGGUUCUCGAUUGACUAAAUGGGAGGAACCAAAUGGAGCCAAAGGAUGCUGGCUAUUGUAUAAAGUUGCUAAUAACCAAAGACUUGAUCUCGAGUCCUAUGACGUUAUGUCAGCAAAUGAUGCUCCAGAAAGGGAUCCAGUGGAGUGGAUUGUUGAAGGAAGCAAUGAUGGAGGCCUGAGCUGGAAUGUAUUAGACAAACGGAGUUCUCAGUUAUUUGAAAAACGUUUCCAGCGCAGAAGUUUCAGAGUUGAAACAAGAUAUCUCUGUAAUGAAUUCAGAUUCAGUUUUCUUUCUGUAAGGGAUCCAAAUGCGACUUCAAGGUUCCAGAUAGGCAGCAUUGAUCUCUAUUGCAAAGGGAGCAGUUAAACAGUAAGUGUUUAAGGUUUAAUUGGCAAAUAAAAAAUCUUCAUUGUGCUCAUAAUCAUUUUUAUUUAAAAAUGAAAUUAAAAAAGUACUUAAAGGUUUAAUUUAUAAAUGAAGAAAUUGUAUGUUUGUUGUGUUUAUAUGCAUCCCGAUUCUAUUGUUAAUAAGUGAUUCUUAUAAUAUUAUCAUUGGAAAUUGUGAAUUGUUGGUAU